AUGGAGACAGAGCUGAAUGGUGCCAGGAUCAAGGUGCUCCUGAUCAUCUCAGACCUGGAGUCAUGGAAUGAGGAACUGUCACAGCAGAUGAGCGACUUUGACACGGAGGAUCUCACACUGGCUGAGCAGAGGCUGCAGCAUCAUGCGGACAAAGCUCUUACCAUGAACAACCUCACCUUUGAUGUCAUCCACCAGGGACAAGAGCUGCUGCAGUAUGUCACGGAGGUCCAGGCGUCUGGUGUGGAGCUGUUAUGCGACCGAGACGUGGACAUGGCCACACGGGUUCAGGACCUGCUGGAGUUUCUCCACGAGAAGCAGCAGGAGUUGGAUCUCGCCGCAGAACAGCACAGGAGACACUUGGAGCAGUGUGUCCAGUUAAGGCAUCUGCAGGCUGAAGUCAAACAGGUGCUGGGUUGGAUCCGUAAUGGUGAGUCGAUGCUGAACGCAGGUCUGAUCACAGCCAGUUCCUUACAAGAGGCCGAACAGCUGCAAAAGGAGCAUGAACAAUUUCAACAUGCGAUAGAGAAAACCCAUCAGAGCGCGCUGCAGGUACAGCAGAAAGCUGAGGCUCUACUCCAGGCAAACCACUAUGACAUGGAUAUGAUCAGAGACUGUGCAGAAAAGGUGGCAGACCACUGGCAGCAGCUGAUGCUAAAGAUGGAGGACAGACUUAAGCUGGUUAAUGCUUCUGUGGCUUUCUACAAGACCUCUGAACAGGUGUGCAGUGUGCUAGAAAGCCUCGAGCAGGAGUAUAAGAGAGAAGAAGACUGGUGCGGUGGUGCUGAUAAACUGGGCCCUAACAGUGAAUCAGACCAUGUCACUCCCAUGAUCAGCAAACAUCUGGAGCAGAAAGAGGCCUUCCUCAAG